AUGUCCAAUCCCUCCUCUCCCUCACACCCCAACCUCAUCAAGGUCAUCCGCGGCAGCGAGCCAUUCAGCUCCAGCGCCGUCUCGCUGGUCGACCUCCCCGCGGGGGCGGUGCUGGCGCGCAUGGACACGCACGCAACACCAGCACCAGCAAAAAAGUACACAACCGUGCAAACGGGCCGCGAUACGCACAUCGAGCUGAAUUCCGAUCUCGUCUUCUGCAACCACUCGUGCCGCCCGACCGUCGUGUUCGACACGCGCAAGAUGGAGGUGCGCGUCGUCGACGACCGGCCGCUGCGGGCCGGCGAUCCGCUCACCUUCUUCUACCCCAGUACCGAGUGGGAGAUGGACCAGCCGUUUGAGUGCAACUGUCAGGCGGGCGAGGGGGUGUGCAAGGGGUUUAUUUCUGGCGCAAAGGCCAUGUCGCGUGAGCAGCUCGAGGGGUACUGGUUGAAUGAGCAUAUUGUCGAGUUGUUGAGGGAGCGGGAUGAACUGAACCAGGCGAGGUGA